AUGCGCGAUCGCAUCUCAAUGUUAUCAAUGCAGGGCAGCGUGUCAGCUCUGGAGGCGAUCCUCCCGCACGUCGCGAGGACGCUGGCGCUCCCGGACGAGCCCGCGAACUGCCCGCGCGCGCACUUCCCCUUCCCCAGCCGCGGGCGCUGGUCGAGCGUCGGUGUCGAGAUCCCGACCGCCCCCGGCGUGCCCCCGGCGGGCGCGCGGCAGGGCGCGGAGUUUGCGCUCUCCGACUGCUGGUCCCUCGGCGAAGAGGUCGAGCGCAAGGGCGGAGCAACAGAGCCGGUCGAGCCGGGCGCCGAGGCGCGCGAGGUCCUUGCGGAGGCGUACAGGCAGGCUGACAUCAUGCUGUCGGUCACAGUCCCCCCCUCGUGGCGGGCCGGGGGGCGGGUGUGCGCGACGAGACCAGGCGCGCUGUGGCACCGUGAGCAGGUGAAGUCGGCGGCGGUCGAGGCGGCCGCGGGGCAGGGCGGGCGCGACCUCUGGGGGCGGUCGCUGCCGUCGCAGGGCUCGUCGGACGGCAGGCUGGAGGCCGGGCGGUUCGUCCCACAGGAUCAGACGGCCAAGGUCAGCCGCCGCGCGGAGCGGGGCGCGGACGGCGGAGGCGCGUCGGGCGUGGACUGGGCGAGUGUCGUGGCGGGGGGGGAGUUUGAGCUGACGUCAGGCGGGAUGCUGUCGGAUCCGGUCGAGGGCGGGGAUGUCGACGCGAUCAUGGCAGGCUGUGUGUCGUGCUCGACGCUGCAGGUCUGGCCUUGCGGACACCCCCUGUCGAUGACGGACGUGGUUCUGGCCGAUGCUAUGGCCGAGGGGCCGGGGGGAGUGCCGGCCUGGCUGACGGGCACAGAGUGA